AUACCACUGAAAAGCGAGCACAAGAAAAGUUUGUUUCUAAUAUUCACUUUAUUCAGUGUAUCGGGCAGUUUAAAUAGCUGGCUCGGAUGUCCUGCGAAGAACUAAUUUUAUUCAUAAAUUUUCCCAUGAGAUGAAACAAGGGAGCAUGGCUGUGGCGCUACUGUCAGAGACGGAGAUCAGGCAUCGGUCUAUGGCAGAGGAGGAUCCGAACGGGAAUGAGUACGGGGCGGCUGCGCACAGCACAGCGCCUCGCUGGGGACCGCAGCAUGCCGGGGCCCGACAGCUCGCCAAGCUUUACUCACCGGGAAAGAGACUGCAGGAGUGGAUUUGUGUGAUUUUGUGCCUCUCACUCUUCGUUGUAAACUUCUCCUUCCUUCUCCUCAACUUUUCCACUGUGCACAUCUACAAAAUCAUCUUUGGCAUCGUGACUGGUAUCGUAACAGCAGACUUUGCCUCUGGGAUGGUACAUUGGGGGGCUGAUACAUGGGGCUCAGUGAACAUCCCAGUAAUUGGGAAGGCAUUUAUUCGUCCGUUCCGGGAGCAUCACAUUGAUCCGACGGCUAUCACCCGGCAUGACUUCAUUGAGACUAAUGGAGACAACUGCAUGAUCACUAUCCUGCCUCUGGCCCACAUGGCCUAUAAAUUCCUCACCUACCCACCAGAUGCCCUUGCGGAGGCCUACCCCUGGGAAUGUUUUGUUUUUGCAUUGGCUGUCUUUGUCACCAUGACUAAUCAGAUCCACAAGUGGUCACACUCCUACUUUGGCCUGCCAUGCUGGGUCACACUACUGCAGGAGUGCCACCUAGUGCUGCCACGGAAACACCACCGAAUCCAUCAUGUGUCGCCACAUGAGACGUACUACUGCAUCACUACAGGGUGGUUGAACUAUCCGCUGGACAUAGUGGGAUUUUGGCGGAAAAUGGAGUGGCUGAUCGAGAGACUGACGGGUCAGAAGCCACGCUGCGAUGACCUGGCCUGGGCCAAGAAAACAGACUGACCAGGAUAGCAGGACUGUACCCCUCCCUAAUCAUCUCUCCCCAAACUAAGUGGAAGAGCAAAAACAGAAAAUGGGCCUUACCGCUGUACCCCAAACCUCUCUACUAACCUUCCUUUCCCCUCCAUCUAACCCCUGACCCUUUCCUCCUCGGCACAGAAGCACAGAUCACUUUUACAGUUGGGGCCUUUACCUGCCACUGAUGUCUGCUAUACUCAAGCCAUCGCCUGCUCCUCUUCUAAUGGUUUCUUCUCCUUGUUCAAACAUGAAGAAAGAAUAGAAAGACAAGACUAUGUUAAAAACAGGGGGCUCAGACAGUUGAGUGGAAAAUAAGAAAGACACCUUUUGUUAAAUUGUUCCUCAUACAAUCCUUUGCUCCUUCAGUACAUGCAGUCUUGCGACGCCUUAGAGAGGUGACCAUAACUUUCUCAUUUCAGUUUGUAAAAGGUUUGUUUUCUGGAGGUUGGGCUCUCCAGUGGACCAAAACCAUGUUGUGAUUUCCCAGCAUGGUUUUUAUGUGGAGUGAUGGAGGCAAUUAUAUGUGGAUUUGAUUUUGGAGUCAGAUCAGAAACGGCAAGAGAAGAUUAAUCACAAGCAAAAAUGCUUUCUCCUGGUUAAAUCAGAUUCACAAAUGCAGAAGCGAUGUGUGAUGUCUCCAUAGUAAAACCCACCCUUGGUUUGGAUGGAAGAAAGCAUCGAGGAUCCACUUUUCACUGAAGGGUUUAAAACACAGGGAAAGGGUUUUGUUGGACAACCAGCGUGGUCAGUGCUCAGUUGACCCAGCUGAAUGUUUUCCCUGAAUGUCUCUUACUGAGCUUGUGUUGGCCUUAUGUACAAACCCAUUACACUUAUUUCUCAUCAGCUCUCCGGGGCUUAGAGGCAAUGAACAUUGAUUGCGGGCGAAUUCCAAACCGCGUUUUUGCACCCUUGAAGGGCACUGUGGGAAAGGGACACCACACGAAGGGGUGGUCCAAAUGAAAGUGAGCAACUCAAGCCCUCCACGAAGGGCCCUUCCACAAGGCUGUUAGCGAAGGGUAAAUGCAAUGGUCACUUCGAGGAAGUAAUUUGACCCUUUAUGAUCACGUGACCCUGGUUGGCGUGUCCUCGGGAUAUAUUUUAAAGCAAGGUUGUCGAUCAGAACAUAUUACAUGUUCUAUAGCCCUUUUAUAACAGAUAAUUCUCCUCCUCCACAGUUUACAUUCGUCCUCAUACAUAAGAUAGUAGACAGCCAUAAGCAGAGAGAUACUCCAAAAACAGGGUCCAUUUUUUCCUGUAGGCUAGUCUAAACCCUAUGGUUUAUUAUUUAUUUUUUAUUAUUAAGACCUCUCGUUCACCAAAUAACUUUUGGCGGGAAAUGUUCAUUCAUGUAUUUUAUAUAUAUUUAUGUAGUACAGAUUUAUUAUUAUUAAAACAUCAACAGAAAGCAAUUUUAAAUAAGACACAAAUUUCAAUAUUUGAAAAAAAAAAAAAAACUAUUACAAAAAGUAUAUUUAUUUGCAACAACAAAUUAACAGCAAAGAGAUUCCUGUUAGAACAGCUGCGCUGUGUCGUCAUGGUAAUGUUCAGGCAAAGAUAAAGUGAAAGUGACAUAUGUCUUUCAAUACUCCCUUCAUCAAGAGUGUUCCAAACAGCCAUACAUGAGACGCGAGUGCCCUGCUCCCUCCAGAGUUCCCACUUCAAGGGCUCAGCCCUUCGGAGGGAGUAGGGCAUAGGGAUGCUCACUUACGUUUGGAAUUUGCCCUGCGUCUAUGGUGUGUUAACGUGACAUGUUAUUGAUGUUUGGAGUAGGCUAGUAUUAGCAGUCUAGCUAGUAAUGUCCUCCUGUAUCCUGUGGUACAACAGUUUAGCAAAGGUUUUACUAGCAAAAGGUCACUUUAGAAAAAGGUCAAUAUGAAUAUGAAUUUUAAGUUACCAGGCUUUAUUAAAGAGAAUCAGUAAGGAUUUUUUUUUUCUUAUUGAAUGACAUUUGCACUCUAUUAUUAGUAAAACAGCCAAAUAAACUCCCUAUUUUCUCUCUCUCUCACACACUUAAAUAUUUUUUAUCAUACAGUACAUCCAAACACACAAACUCACCUGAAUUCCUGUGGAAUUAUGAUAAAUGGAAAGACUGAGGAAGCUUUCAUAGAACACUUUGUUUCAAUACAGUUUGUCUCAACAUCAUGUAUUCAAAGGACAGCUGCAGCUCCAUAAUUUGGGUUUUAUUAUCUGGCUUUCUGAGUUGUAUUUGUUCUUACUUUACAUGCAGCUAAUGCCCACUGCUAGUCUGCCUUAAACCAAUGUUUUUAUUAGUUGUAUUAUUUAAUAAAUAUAUAAUAAAUAAAAUUGGUUAUUUAUCAUG